CUCUCGGUUCAUGCCCCCUUGGACGACACCCUCUUUAGUCUUUUCCUUCUCUCUCUAUUUAUUAUUUUUAGAUUCAGAUCAUUGUUGCGUUUCUCUCCUCAACGACGCCCCCAUUUCUUCUUCUCUGUCCGAAAAAUCCACGUCGAAAAUCAACGUUGUCUUAUCCCAUACUCUUUCCCUUUUCCUUUCCUUUCCUUUCAGAUCAGAUUAACAUUCCCCAUAUGAGCCCCCAUAGCUCUUAGCUUCCGUUCCCGUUUCCUAUCGACCUCUCUGUUUAUAAUCCUUCUUCUUAGUGGUAUUUCUGUCAUGGGUUUUAAUGCAGGUUUUUAUGAAGAUAUGCACGUAAAUAUUCCGUUGCUUUUUGCUUGUCGUUGACAUGCAGUGAGAGGGAGCAUACGUGCAACGAGUUAUUGAGAUUGAAAGAGAAAGGGGAGGGAGAUGGCGAAUCAGGUUGUGAAGGUGAGGAGAGAAGCGAUUGCGGUAUGCAUGACUUGUCCUCUUUGCAAUAAGCUUCUGAGAGAUGCCACCACCAUAUCUGAAUGUCUUCACACGUUUUGCAGAAAGUGCAUAUAUGAUAAGAUACAAGAGGAAGAACUAGAAUGCUGUCCAAUAUGCAACAUUGAUUUGGGUUGUGUUCCUCUGGAGAAAUUAAGGCCUGACCAUAGUCUGCAAGAUGUAAGGGCCAAAGUCUUCCCUCUUAAAAGAAGAAAAGUGAGGGCGCCUGAAAUUGUGCUCCCAGUUACAGUGCCAACUAGAAGAAAGGAGAGAUCACUCUCCUCGUUGGUUGUUAAUGCCCCCAAAGUAUCAACACAAACUACCAUGACUGGAAGGAGAACAAAAGCUGUUGCCAGAAAGUCUGGUACUUUACGAGGUUCUAGUUUUUCAGUAGAGAAGCCUGUUAAAAGAGAUGAGGACUCUAUGGAGGAUCACCAGGAGAGUGCAAGCUCACCUGAAACGCUAAAUAAAUUCACUCAGAAUAAAAGACAGUGUACUUCUUCUGCUGAACCUAGCCAACACACGAAUAAAGAAGCAGAGAAUGGUGGCGCAUCAUGGGAUGGAAAAUUGGACCUCUGGAAACCUUUGAAUUGUUUGGUGGAGGUUGCAAAUAGGACCAAGUCCUUCAAGUCUAAUCCACAAGGCUCUGAUUCUAAAUUAGAAGCUACUAAUAUCACCAACAUUGAAGCUCAAAUGUCCAAAACCAAAAAUAGGGAAGACAAAUGCAAAAAUAAAGUUGAGGAUGAAAAGGAGAGUAUUGGUCCUGCAACUUCAGAAACUGUAACUCCUAAAAUGUUACGCAGGAUUCGUCGAAAAAGGGCUUCUGGAUUUGGGGAUUCUGGCUUUUCUCCACAAGCUGUGCUAGAUGCUGCAGGUCCAAAGCAUGAAAGAAGAAUUGGUCCUGUUUGGUUCUCAUUAGUGGCCUCUGAAGACCAGGAAGGAGAUGCACCCCUUCCUCAAAUUCCUGCAAAUUACUUAAGGAUAAAGGAUGGAAAUAUACCUGUUUCUUUUAUCCAAAAAUACCUGAUGAAGAAAUUGGACCUUACUGAAGAAGCUGAGGUUGAGAUCAAAUGUAUGGGGCAACCUGUGGUUCCCACGUUGCAGUUGUAUACUUUAGUUGAUUUGUGGCUGCAAACAGCAUCGACAUCACAGCGAGUACCAGCAUCUGUUGGUUCUUCUGCAAAGGAUUUUGUUAUGGUGUUGGCAUAUGCUCGAAAAGUCCCAGAUCAAUAAUAAUGCUUUCUUUCAUUCUUUCCUCACCACAUCAAUAAUCUAUGCAUAUAUCCUUUAUUCGAAUCUCUUUGGUUAUAGAAUAGGACAUUUUGAUCCGGCAUGUUUUUUUUAUAUAAAAGCAUCUAUCCAGUGAGUUGGUUCUUCUACAAUAGUCUCUUUCAUUCUCUUCCUUCGAAUAGAACAGUGUAUGCGGCAUUGACACGUUGUUUGAAAUCAUGACAUCGAGCUUGCUAGGGCAGAUUGUAUUAUCAAUUUACCGUUACAACUUGUGGAUCUUUUCAUUGUUUUCGAUUAGUUUGACGUAAAAUUUUCUCACUUUCCAUCCGAACAGAAUCCUUUGCUUUCAAGAUUCUUUUUUUCUUGAACGCACAGGUCGGGAUUUUAAGACUUGCGACCAAUGAUGAACUGCGUCAGCAUUACACUGCGUUAUGUGAAUCUAACAAUUCCCACGCAUGAUGGGAUGUCAGUAAAUUCGAGUCCACCCAAAAACCUGGGAGCAUGUUUUUAAUUUGAGUGUGCCCAGCUGGGUCUCAAGGAAAAAGAGAAUGUGAUUUGGUUAAAUUCUCAAGGCAUGAUUUCCUUAUUUCAAGAUUUUGGGUUUAGAUUCGUCAAGGAUCGUGCAAGGAUUGCAUUUUGCGGUUAAAAGCACUGAAGCUUAAGGAACCAGAAGUAGCUAAGAUCUGGUCAGAUUUCGAAUCUUUUACAGAGCUUACAAACCAACAAUAAAGCCUCUUGAAAAGACAUUAAAGAGCUUACAAACCAACACCAAAGCCUCUUGAAAAGGCUCAGAUGAUUAUUUAGUUUAAUUGAAUUGUAGAGUUAUUUUUAAAAAAUGAUAUCCAAUAAAUUUAAAACUCGAUAAUUGUAACCUCUUUCUUAAUUUCGAACUAGGAUUUUAUACAAAACGAAAAGACUCGGAUGGGAAAAAAAUUGAUAAAGACCGAAAACCUGACUUGGAGGAACUUUGGCAAAAUCCCAUUUAGGACAAAAGACAAACCACAAAUCUUUGCUAUCUAUUGAGCAAAAUAUCUGUAGGGGGAGGAAUUUAUAACACCAUGCAUGCAGAACUCAAUGUCAAUGGCAUUCAAAUCAAACCAUAAAAUUUCUAGGAGAUGACAUUCUAUAUUCCAGUUCCACACUUCCACAGACAAAGAAUGACAACUUUUGGGGCUCCUUUGACCCAUAUAAAGCAAAGCAAAGCAAAGCAAAGCAAAAGAAAAGAAAGAAAACACCUAAUGGACACUGGAAAGGGAGAGGGCCAUCUAACCAUGUGGAUGGAUAGACAGCUUUAGACUAAUAAACCCUUUCAUCGCUGGAACAACUACUCAUGGCGACUGUUAUAUUGGUCAUUGACAAGGACCAUUCUUGUUCUUACAGUCAUCUUCAUACAUCAAAAACAUCUAUGACUAUGCCUAUGGGGGUGUUUGGCCAUCUAACCAUGUGGAUGCAUACACAACUUUGAAUAAUAAACCCUCUCAUCGCUGGAACAACUACUCAUGGCGACCGUUAUAUUGGUCAUUGACAAGCACCAUUCUGUUCUUACAGUCAUCUUAAUACGUCAAAAACAUCUAUGACUAUGCCUAUGGGGUGUUUGUUCAAAUUACAAUCUCGAAAAUGCAGUUAGCAAAUUCAGAUUUAACUAUUCCAUCCUCCCACCUACUAAGUUUGGCUUCAAUGAAUACACCCACGAAUCCGAACAUUUAAUACUUCAGACAAAGACAAAAGCUAAGACAUAAAUCCAAAUCCUAAACCCAGAAAAUAACAUUUAAUUUUUUAAGUAAUUAUCAAAACUUAACAAUUCACAUUACAAAAUUUACAAACACAUUAACAUUAAU